AUGAUAUUAGAUUACAUGAAUGAAGAAAUGAGCGGCAGCAGAGGAAAUGAUACGGUUGUGAAUGUGUUGGAUGACAUUCUAGAUCCCAAUGCAGGAGAUGAUGAUCUCAUUGUGGAAAUAGCAGCAGAAGGCAAAAUGGAACAUGCAAUGCUUGCCAAACAGAAAAGUAGUGUCUCUUCAAGUAAGUCUUCAUCCAAACCCAAAACCUCCAUUACUAAAGGCAAAGGAGUAGGGAAAUCGGUCAGCAGCACCACUUCAGUGUCUGUCAAAACUGACAAUGGCAAAGUGAAAGAGUCCAGAUCUAGAGUACAAAACAAGUCAGGGGAUGACAAAGACUCUAAAACAAACAAGAAUCUGAAGAAGUUACCUGCAAGAAAGGAGGUGAAAAAGGUUUUGAAGAAACCUGACAAAUCUCACAAAGAAAUCUUACAAUUGAGAGAAAAUGAAGAUCUUGAAGAUUUAGAGGAUGAUGAUUAUACACUUGAUCUUGACAAAGAUGCAGAAGAUGAACUUCUCAUGAACAAGAGUGAUGAGAGAUAUGAAGAUGAUUCUGAUGACAAGCACAAUGUGAGUCUGAGUGCAGAAGAAUCCGAGGACAUGGCCCCGGGUGGCAACGAUGCGAUGGACACUCAGGACUAUGAUACUCGUAGUGAGACUGGCAGUUCCAGUUUGGAGUCUUCCCUUACAGGCUCUGAUUCAGAAUCUUACCCUUCCGAUAAGGAUAAAAAGAAUGAGCCUAGACGGGAUAAACCUCGUAAAAGAGGUAUUUCUCCCAUUGAAUGGGAUCGAAAAAGUGAAGAAUCUGCUGAAGAUGAUGGAGAUGAUAGUGAGUCGGAAAGACGACGUAAUACGUCACGCUUAAAGUAUUUAUUCAAAAGGGCUCGUUUCUUCUUGAUUAAAAGCAACAAUCAUGAAAAUGUUGCCUUGGCUAAAGCUAAAGGUGUUUGGUCAACACCACCACAGAAUGAAGCCAGACUUAAUCAAGCAUAUCGAGAAGCAGAUAAUGUCAUUUUGGUCUUUUCUGUUAAAGAAAGUGGAAAAUUUCAGGGUUUUGCAAGAUUAUCAGCCGAGUCUACUCGAGAUCAUCCACCAAUUCGAUGGGUUUUACCACCAGGACUAAGUGCUCGGGCUCUCUCUGGAGUUUUCAAGUUGGAUUGGAUCAACAGACGAGAUCUACCAUUCACAAGAACUACACAUUUGCAUAACCCAUGGAAUGAAAAUAAAUAUGUCAAAAUUGGAAGAGAUGGACAGGAAAUUGAACCAACAGUUGGAGAAGAAUUAUGCAAAUUAUUCCCUUCAGAUGAUAAUGUAGAUCUUGGUAGUAUUGUACGAAAAGCCAUGAGAUCACAUCGACGUUCACGAAGUUCAGAAAGGCACAUGGAUCGCUAUGGAGUGAGCAGUGCAGGUGGCCCAGGAGGAGCAGGCAGCGUGGGAGCAGGCACGACUGGAACCAGUGGCAGCAGUGGCCUGAGGAAUUCCGAAAUUUCUAGACAAAUAGUAGUGAGCAGUGGAACACGGCUAAUUUGCGGACUUGGUACUGAGAUGCUAGAAGACAUUCACACUCCGAAACGGCGUAGACGGCAUCGAGAUGACUUUGAUUCUCCCAGAGUGAAGAGGUCACGAAUUGAAUAUGAUAGUCGAAACACUGCUUAUUAUAAAGACCGACGUCCUGAUCGACCUCCUCGUUAUGGUGGUGUACGCAGGGAAACGUUUUUGAAUGGGCAGCGGAGCAGUGUGGCGAGCACAUGGAUAUAUCCAGCAGCGAGUGUUCACCCGUUAGUCCGUCCUUCUUCAUACAGUGAUUACAUGCGAGAAUUCCAGCAUGUUCGUCCUCCUCCACCCCCAUUGCCUCCAUAUGGACCUCCACCUCCUACCUAUGGUCACCAUAUGGAUCCCAUGGCAACUUAUGCUGGCCAUUAUGACAACCGGCCCAGGAAUUACAUAACCCCUCCAGAAUACGGUUCUCCUUCUAUUUCAAGUGCCAGGCGAACAGACAAACGUUCAGCCAGUGCUGUCUGGGCAGAGAAGCGUUCGUAUGAAAGAGACGUGGAUGAUUUCCUUCGACGAACCACUCAUGGCAACAGCUCUAGAGACAGACAUCGCCACCGAGACCGAAGGUGA